GCUCGCGGAGGGCUCGGCGGGCUCGUGCAGCACCUCGGGCGGCCCAGUGACGUAUCAUCAAAGGAAGUGCUUCUUUUCGUCCGCUGGGGAGGAGUCUGUCGAUAUAUAGUUUCCUCAAUAAAGUGUCUUGUUUAUCUCAUGUUAAGUGAUUCUACAGUCGGCGUCGCGUUAUGUAAUUCGUUAUGUCUAUUUCUCCGGUUUUGGGGCAACAUAUUUCGAACAGUAGGUGAUUAAUAUCAGACGAACGCUACAGGUCGGAGGAAACAUUAACGGAACAGGAAGGCGGAACAAAGCGAGGGUUUUCUAAAGCAGCACCCAAUCUAACCUGUUCACACCACCCCCAACCCUUCCUGGUUCCACACCAGAGACCUCAUUACCCCAGACCACACCCAGAGCAGAUCGCCUCCCGCCCCCUGCUAACCCUCCCUAACCCUCCCUAACCGUCCCUAACCCUCCCUGACCCUCACCCACAUGCAGCCAUGUCUCUCGGCCUGAAACAAGUCUUCAACAAAGACCGGACGUUCCGCCCCAAGCGCAAGUUUGAGCCCGGGACGCAGCGGUUCGACCUGCACAAGAAGGCCCAGGCCUCGCUGAACGCGGGGCUGGACCUGAGGCAGGCCGUGCAGCUGCCCCACGGGGAGGACCUCAACGACUGGGUGGCCGUCCACGUGGUGGACUUCUUUAACCGCAUCAACCUCAUCUACGGCACCAUCAGCGACUCCUGCACCGACCAGACCUGCCCCGUCAUGUCUGGAGGACCCAAGUACGAGUACCGCUGGCAGGACGACCACAAGUACAAGAGGCCCACGGCCCUGGCGGCGCCCAAGUACAUGAGCCUGCUGAUGGACUGGAUCGAGGUGCAGAUCAACAACGAGAACAUCUUCCCCACCAACGUCGGUACUCCAUUCCCUAAGACCUUCAUGCAGGUGGCUAAGAAGAUUCUGUCUCGUCUGUUCCGAGUGUUCGUUCACGUCUACAUCCACCACUUCGACCGCGUGAGCCAGAUGGGGGCUGAGGCCCACGUCAACACCUGCUACAAGCACUUCUACUACUUUGUCACCGAGUUCAACCUUACGGACCACAAGGAGCUGGAGCCACUGUUUGGUGUUUUUCAGAAAGAGAUGACCUCUCGGAUGUGCCACUGAGCACCAGCAGCCGACAGCCUGGUCACAUCCGUCCAUUAGAAGACCGCAUCAGAGAACCAAGAAAUACAAAUCAGACAGAGUUUUUAUUUUUAUAUUUAAGUACUGUAAUCUGUUUUAGCCACAUAGGUUUACCCACAAAUCUAAUUGUGUUCCAUUUUAUUCCUUUUAAAGAUUUCAAGCAUUUUAUCAGAGCACAGUAUUAAUGUUUUGUGUUUAUUUUCUUUCAUUUUGAAUCAUUCCAGAAUGUGUUUUUUCCAAUGUAAAUUUAACCUAAAUUGUAAUCAGUUGUGACAGUAAAUAAUUAAGAUUCUGUUUAUUAAAUUAAAAUCACUCUUUUCUCUGUUACUUAA